AUGCGUUUUAAAUUGAAUGAUUCUUUUUCUGGAAAGAGCUGGACAAUCGAAAAUGUUUACUGGACUCCGCAGGACUUGGUUGCUUGGAUUAUAAAGCUUGAUAUCGAUCUAAGCGAUGAUGCGAAAUUGUUGCUUUCAAAUGGCAUGUCCUUGAAUGAGACAUUACUAAACGAUGACAGUAACGUAGUGAUUUACGUUCUUGACGAACACUUGCUCAAAUUUAGUCUUCAAGACGAUGUACCCUCUCUUCCCGGUCUUGAAGAGGCUAGUUUCGUUGACAGCUUACCUAAUUUUGAGGAUGAGAAAGAAAAAUUUGUUUCUUUUGCAUGGAAAGAAAAGCUGUACGAACGUCGUCAGGAAAUUGCUGAUUUUAUCCAUGAAUCAAAUAAAUUAUAUGAGGAACUGACACUUCAUCAUGAUCAGAUGACCACUAGUCUGAGUGCUCCAAAUGUAGCGAUGAAUUACUUGCAAAGGCGUCAGGCUGGUAUGAAGGAGCUAAUGGUUGUCUUUUAUGAGCGAUUAGAAAAGGUCUCUAUUAAUGAACUUCUCCAUGACUUUUUGGCUAUGCCAGUCGGUUCUUUGCCCAUUAAUACUCAUAAACUUUUAUCUCCAAACUGGGCCAAAUUGGAUGCUUGGUUGUCCUCAAUCUCUUCUCGAUAUUCUGAAGCUCAAAAACGUGUUCAGCAAUGUAUAACGGCUACAAAUACUAUUGAUAUUUCCUCUCCAAAAGAGCAUCCUUCCAUGGAAGAAACCUAUUCCUUAUUUCAGGCUAUCAGCAGUUUCUCUGAAACAAUAAAUUCCGAUUUAAUGGAUAUGUUGGAACACUGUUCAGAACUGACGAAGACCCCAUCUUCCCUAGAUAGUAGGCUUCAAGCUCAUAUUCACCACGUACAAAAACUGACGGCUCUGAUAAAUGACUUGCAUGAUCACGCGUGCUCUUUUUUCGAAUCUAGAAAAUCAUCCUUGAUCACGUUAAAAUCUUUUUGGCUUACUUUUUUUAAAGUUUCUGUCAAGUAUGACGCCUUAUACGAAUAUUUACGACAUGUCGCUGAGGAAUUAGACCGAAGUAAAUUAAUUAUUUCUCAGUCUCAAAAUAUUUAUUCUCUUUUUGCUGACAUUUUAAUGGAAGCUCUACGAAGAACUGAAUGGCAAGCAUCCUAUAAUGCAAACCACGGCAGUACCCUUCCCAUAGAUCAGGAGAAAGAGUCGAAUACCCGAAAAGCCUGGCUGAGUCAAUUCUCUAAUUUCUUAUUUAAUUAUGACCAGUUAAGGUAUCUUCCUACAAUUACACGAAGCGAACUGUCUUCCUUCCUAAUCAGUCUUCGAGCUGAACCCAAAUAUCAAAAUUUUUUGCAUAUUCUUAGCAAUCGUCUUUCAGAGUCGCUCGGAUUUCCUAAUCCUUUCCAAUGUGAUGCCUUGCCUAGUAAUAAUCAAGAAAUUGCAACACUUCAAGAACGGUUAGCUAUCUAUCAAAACCGUUGUAAUAAUCUGGAAACUAUAUUGUUGCAACAACGAAAUUCUCCAGUAAUUGCGAAUGUAAAUGGCGUAGCACAAUCAAACGCACCUCGCGCAGAGGUAAUGGAUGAUGGUUCGCAGCCAUUCUAUCGAACGUCCCCCACUAUUGUUCCUAUUAACGUUUUAAGAAAAAUCUCUCAACGUAAGACGUCAGUUUCAGAGGGUCUUGCAUCUAAAUAUCAAGCAGAAAUAGAACAAGUUCGUCAUGAAUUAAAUGAAUCUCUAAAGAGAAAUAAUGGUCUUUCUGAAGAAAUUCAUUCUAAAGAGGAGCGUGUUCGUUUCUUGGAAACAGAGAAUGAAGAACUCUUAGCCAAGUAUAAUGAAAAACCUUCUCGUACAGAUGAUUCUUCAAAAAACGAUACAUCGCAAAACGAAAACGGGGUUGUAAAGCUAUCUCAUGCUUUUGAUGAAAAACAAAACUUAAUUUCGUUAUGCUCAGUUUUUGAAGGCAAGGUUUCGAAAUUACAGGAGGUUUGCGAUGUCUUCAAGGAUGAAAUAAAUACGCUAAAACAGCAGGAAGAGUUUUCAGAAAUGGCUAAAAACUCGCAACUGGUAAAGCAGCUUUUGGAAGAAAGAGAUUUAGCAACUCAAAAACAAAAGAAAGUAGAAGAGGUUGCUGAAUCCAGAACAGAGCAAUGUAAGCUUUUAACUCAAAAGCUUUUUACUUUAGUUUUCCGCUGUCAUGAACUUAGGACCGUUUUGCAGGAAUGCAUUGAACAACCCGGCCAGGAAAUGGAUCGUGAUGGUUUUUGUAAUGGCUCUGAACGACAAAUGCAAUUCGGUUCCAAAGAUUUACAAUAUUUGUAUUGGAUGAACAGUGGUGAUGUUGAUCAAUCCUUCCAGGAGUUUAUAACUAGGAUGGCGUCUUUAGACAUUGACUCAUUUCAUGACUAUGUGGUGAAUGUUCUCAGUGAAGCUCACAAUAACGAGCUCCGCUGGAAGCGUGAAUUUCAGUCUAAUCGAGAUAAAGCGUUGAAAGCCAUACUAGAAUCUCAGACGAAAGUUUCUUUGCGGAAUUUUAAGCAAGGAAGUUUGGCCUUGUUUUUACCGACUCGUCGUCAUAUGCAAGGCCAGCGUAUCUGGGCUGCGUUUAAUGUUAAUGCUCCAAACUACUAUUUAAAAAUUCAAAACAACUCAAAGAUUAACGCUCGUGAAUGGGUUGUUGGAAGAAUAACAACGAUUGAAGAUCAUGUUGCUGACGGAACAAUCGACAAAUGGCUCAAGCUACCUAUGGGUACUGUUUGGCAUUAUGUGGAUGUCAUUGAUGAAAGACUUUGA